GGAAAUGUCUCGGAUUACACUUUGGGGUCCCUUUUUUUUGCUCUUCCCGCGAGAGGCUCAGCCCAUACUGGUGAUCAUCUCGUAUUGCUGGUUCAGUGUGCGGUCUAGACAAUCAGCCUGGUCUCGAUCUGUUGGGCUUCAGCCAAAGGCUGCUGAGUGAUUCAGUACAGAGAAGUAUACCCGGUGUCGUUAUACGAUCCCGUCAAAGGGAACCCUUCUCAAAGAUGUUGUAUAUAUAUAUAGCAGGCAAAUAUCCCGGUAGGGGAUAUGACACUACUACUUCCUAGCUACUAGUAUCCUCUGCAGUAGUGAUUCAGAUCGUAUCAACAUGCGCUUCACUAUCACCGCCGCCUCGCUAAGCCUCAUCUCUUCGGCUUUGGCCAUCACCAUCACCGAGCCCACCUCAGGCACUGAAUGGGAUUUCUCCACUCCCAAAACCAUCAAGUUCACCAGCGAUGCCAACGAUCCGUCGGUGAUCAGCAUCAUCUUGCGCACCCAGGACGGAUCCUUCCAAACCAAGCUGGCGGACAACGUAAAGACUUCCACUGGGGAGUACACUACCCAGCCCAACCCUAGCAUUUCCAACGGGUCUGACUAUGAAAUCGAGAUCAUCGACUCGUCGGGCGAGCUCGCUGUGAGCCCGACUUUUACUGUCGAAAAGGGUGCUUCAAACGAUGGAUCGACUACGUCUACCUCCACGUCUUCAUCCUCUUCUACGGGUACUACGCUCGCCACGUCCGCGUCUUCUACCUCGGGGUCGAACAGCACUGCCGCCACGACUACCGCUCAGCUAUCUACCGGCGCGGCUUCAUCUACAUUCAACGCUCCUCAAGGGCUUGUGGCUCUAAUUGGUGCUGCUUUGGCGCUUCUCUACGUCUGAUCAUUAAAUUCAUUUCGGGAUCAUGCACACGCUUGCUUUUAGUCUACGAGUGAUGAUAAUUGAAAAUAGAACUGCUUAUUUUGUGGGGAUUUUUUUGGUUCUUUGUACUUGUUCUUUGCAGUCUUAAGGCAUAGUCACUAGUAUCGGACUAGAUCUCUCUGCGAUUGCUUUUGCUUAAGGGCGCACUAGAAAAUGAGAGAUCAAAUCCCUAUCGAACCCAUGAGCCGCAAGCGUAUGUCGAUCCAGCGGGGCGCGAAUUGACAACAGAUCAUCUCCAC